AUGACCACUUCAUUGGACCCCUUUAAAUAUUCAAUAGAAAACCCUUUAAUUGUAAUAUCUGGAUGUACUGGAACUGGAAAGAGCGAUUUGGGUGUAGCUAUUGCAAAACAAUUCAAUGGGGAAAUUAUUAAUGCUGAUUCUAUGCAAAUUUAUAAAGGCCUUGAUAUUUCCUCAAAUAAAAUGACAAAAGAAGAAAUGGAAGGAAUUCCCCAUCAUCUUUUGGGGUUUUUAGAGCCAACAAAUUCAGGCUACAAUGUCCAAAAUUUUCGAGAGGAUGCUUUGGAAAUUUUAAAUAAAUUGUGGGCUGAACAUAAAUUGCCUGUAAUUGUUGGAGGGACUGCUUAUUAUAUUGAAUCUGUUAUUUUUGAUAAUAAUUUGAUUGUUACUGGUGAUAGAGGGAAAGGAGGUUUGUUUUGUUUAAUAAAUUUUUUGGGGGAAGGGUAA